AAGAACUUCGUUUAAACAGUUCACACAGAAGCUUUCGACGGAUCAGUUGUUUUGAAUUUAAAUAAGUAUUCGGUGGUUGGAAUUAAUUGGAACUAAAAAAAAAUAAAAGAGAUAUUCAAAAUAGAAAAAUGAUGCGAAUAGUUUGUGUGACAUUGUUGUUGGCUGUUUGUGUGGUGGGUGCUGAGAAAUAUUUGCUCGAAAAACCUGACUUCUUGGAGCCAUGUAGUGUCAGUGGCAACAGUUUUGCCAGUUGUCUCUCCAAAAAUGUUGGAAAUAUUCUCAAGGAAUGGAAAAAUGGCGUUCCCGGCCUGCGUACAGUCAAUGCCAUAGAUCCCUUGGAAAUUCAACGCAUCCUUGUCGAUGGUGACCCACUGAGUCCGAUUGGCAUUCAUUUGGAAUUGACAAAUGUUACAAUGGAGGGCAUCAGCGAUGCCCAGUGUACAGAGGCUAGUUUCAAGCCGAAACCCUUGAGCAUAUUGGCCAAAUGUGUGGUACCAAAGCUAGUUUUAAGUGGAGAUUAUAAUAUUACGGGGCAUUUAUUGGAAUAUCCCUUGGAUGGCAUGGGAAAGGCUUCGCUAACUGUGGAACAAUCUCGCGUCGACAUCACCGUUCGCCUGUUGGCUCGCGAAGAGCGUAAUCUUCUCUUUACCGAUGUGGAGCGUCUGCACUUGAACCUACGUGAUAUCAGUGGACUACGACUUCAGCUGGAUAAUCGAGCUGCGGAGGCAAAGGCAAAUGAGAUUCUGAAUCAAAAUGAACCGGGCAUUUUUGACAUAUUGCGACCAAGUUUAAAUGGAGCCUUUGGCCGAAUAAUGCAAGAUUAUUGGACGAAAAUUUUGGCCUAUGUACCGGCAUCGUAUUUGUUUGAAGACUUGCCAGUUGGAGGCAGAAGAUAUAAAUAGACUAGGGAA